AUGUAUAACCUACGGAUUACACAUUUAUGUUUAUUAAUAUGUUUCAUUUAUCAAGUAUAUGGAUCUUGUCAAAUACCAUUGAUAAUCCGAGGUUCUUGGUUUUCUUGGGAAAAUGGCAUGAAUACUUUGACAGAGAUUAAUGCAGAAACAAUGUCAAAUCGUGGAUCUUGUAUAGAAAUGAAAGAAGAACUUCACGUUAAUUAUACAUUUGUGUUUCAAAAAAAUAAUUGUUAUCAUUGUGUAAAACUCAUCGUUAGAACUGUUAACAUAUUAGAAAAAUUAGAAGCAAGCUGUGUUAAUCUACCACCAAAUGUUGAACCUACGAUAGAACAUGUCUGUAAAGGAUUACGUCCAGAUCAACAAUUAAUAACAUUAUUUUCUGAAAAUUAUGUACCUGUUAAUUGUAGAUCAUCCCUCGAAGGUGUUUGGCAAUUUGCUUAUCAGAAUCGAUUCAGAUUUACAGGAGAAUGUAAUCAUCCAGAUGCACAGAUACGUUCUUGUCAAACUGCAGGCACACAGUUUCUUAUAACUAAUCAAAAGUUUAAUAUAACUUACAAACAAUGUCCAGGCAUGAAAGAAACCUUUGAUGGAGUGGUAGAAUACAGUUGUUUGGGUGAUUGGUUUGUCGACAAGAAUCACUUUUUUGCUGUUGCGAAUACUAAAGAAUCCAGAAAGGAUGAAAAGUACAGAUGUUUCUUAAAAAAUCGUGAUGACGAUUUAUACAUUGGUGUAUCUAUUACAGCAGAAUGUAAUACUUUGAAAACAGUUGAAAAGAGUCCUGAAAGAUUAAGAGUUACACCUGUUAAAGCUGAAGUAGUUGAACCUGGUUGUCGUUUACCUCAAGAUAUGCAUGGCAAUUGGAUAAAUACAGCUAACAUUGAUGCGGAUGUUUUUAUUAAUGAAACGCAUAUCAUUGAAACGUGGUAUCCAGAUGAGGGCCGUUAUAGGCGUACAAUUUAUGUCUGUCGUGAAAUGAGAGAUAGUAGGAUUAUGAUGGCACGGUUAACAGUUGAUGGCUGUCAAAAGGAUUAUGUUUGUUUUGAUGUUGUUCCACGGCAUCACAAUAUUAUCAGAUAUCGUCGUGGUGUUGCAGUAAUUAAAGAUGAUUUUCAUACAGUAUGUUCUUGGGUUCAAUUUCAAAAUACAAACAAUUGGAAAUAUGAUUUAUUCCUAGCGGAAAAUCCUGUACCUGUACGUUGUCCAGUAGCUGGAAAAUACAUGUUUAAACAGAAAGGAGAUGUUCUAUUCGAAACACGUAUUUUGGGUGGUGUUACUUUAUCACCACGUCCAAAUAUUUAUUGUAAACAAAAUAUUUCAGAUUUUUCUGUUUGCGAUACAGAUCAAAAAGAAGUAGCCAUAGACGAAAACUAUUGUUUGUCUGUAGAUUAUUUAGGAAAACCUGUUGAUAUUUACAGUGAACCCGAUUAUAAAAUGAAAUGCAUUGGUUAUUGGAAAGAAAAUUUAAAAUCUUAUCUUAUUACAUACGACGAAUUGGAUCCUUUCAGUAAAUACCGUUGUUGGGUAUAUCAAAGAGCAGAUUUAAAUAGAGUAUUAAUGUCUCAAGCAAUUGGACCAUUUUGUGAUCUUAAACAAGAUGUUACGAGUAGCAAUUAUACAGAAGGUGCAGCAGUUGCGCUCGAGUUGCAAGAAUAUGAACGUGAACGCGAUCAAUGUCCAAUGCAUUUCGAUGAUGGUAGUAAUCCAUGGAUGAAAACUGAAAACUUUAUUACAGUUUUUCGUUAUAAUAAUGGUAACGUGAUUGUAACAUCACCCAUGUUGCUUACUGGACUUUUAAUCUUUCUAUUUCGAUUUAAUUUUAUACAUAUACGAUGUGUCGUAUAGCAUAUAUAUCUAACAAAAGAAAAGACAUAUCUAUUUUUAUUUAAGAUUCUAUUUUGGUAAAACAAUACCAAUGAUUUAGACUAUGAUCUUUUGAUAAUCAUUUCUAUUCGAUAUUAUAUAGGAAAUUAAAGAUAGUGGUAUUAGAUUUUUACUAAAUAAUAGAUAUACCGUCCAUGAGUAAAAAUAUUCCGUCCAAGAGUUACACAUUUAUGUACAUAUAACAUUUUAUUGUAUAACAAUAAUAAUAUUGUUAUUCUAUUUUUUUUUUAAAGCUAAAGUAUUUCACAAAGUUUCCUUUUGAAACUUUAUGUCAUACAACAAGAUGUUAUCAAUUUUAUCAAUCUAUAAAGUAUAGAUAGUAUAGAUCUAUUAUAAAUAUGAAAUUUUAUCAUUUUUUUUAUUAAAAAAUAUAAAGAAUUAUUAAUGAGCUUAUACCAUGUCUCUGUUAUACUUUAAACUAUCAUACAAGAUUGUUAUUUAUAAUCUAAAUAAAUAAAAAUAUGUUUGUAAUCUUAAACA